GAAUUUUCGCACAGUAUCUGUUGCGCUGAAAAGGUUGAUUCCGCUUUAUGCUCCCAAUCGAACUUUGAGGAAGAAGGGUUUCUGGUGCAAGAUGUCGACCGAGUCAUCACCCUUGACUCACUCAAUCUCGCUCCCGAAUAAACAGUCCGAACCGGUUCAAAUUGUUGCUGCUUCCGGUGUCUCUCAUUCUGAUUUUUGGAGUGCUAUUGAUUCCUCUUUAUUCAAGCAGUGGUUACAUAGCCUCCAAAGUGAGACUGGGGUUCUAGCCGAUGGUACAAUGGCUCUGAGACAAGUUCUAAUUCAGGGAGUAGACAUGUUUGGAAAGCGCAUCGGGUUUCUUAAGUUCAAAGCUGACAUUUUUGACAAAGAAACAGGAAAAAAGAUUCCAGGUAUUGUAUUUGCAAGAGGACCAGCUGUGGCUGUGCUGAUACUUUUGGAAUCAGAGGGAGAGACUUAUGCUGUUCUUACUGAACAGGCAAGGGUUCCAGUUGGAAGAAUUAUUUUGGAAUUGCCGGCUGGAAUGUUGGACGAUGACAAGGGUGAUUUUGUUGGCACUGCAGUUCGUGAGGUUGAAGAAGAGAUUGGCAUCAAGUUAAAUCUAGAAGACAUGGUUGACCUCACCGCUUUCCUAGACUCUUCAACUGGAUGCAAAGUUUUUCCCUCGGGGGGAGGAUGUGACGAAGAAAUUAGUAUCUUUCUGUACAGAGGGCAUGUUGAUAAAGAGAUUAUCACACAGCUACAGGGUAAAGAGACUGGCCUUCGUGAGCAUGGGGAGCUGAUUAAGGUACGUUUAGUACCAUACAAGAAACUUUGGCGCACUACAGCAGAUUGCAAGGUUUUGGUGGCUGUUGCACUGUUAGAAAUGGCAACUAAAGAAGGGCUAUUACCUCCUUUGGCAACCUAAUUUAGUAGCCUUUCUGGCUGGUAGUGCUACGCAGAGGAAGACGAUAGAAACUUUUUAUCCGUGUUGCAUACUCUACCUAACAAGAAAAGGCUUGGUUGUUAUCUUUGCCUUUUGUACUGGAUGAAACUAUCCCUUACCAAGAGAUUCUCAGUUACGCCCUUGUAAGGUAGUGAGUGUGAGGAGUCUUAUAUUUGAGCCACUAUUCUUUCUCCGAAUGACUAAAUUUAUGCUUUUAAUGUUAAUCAAAAGAUGGAAUACAUAACUGACAUGGCUCACACAUAGUAUUACGGUGUCAGGAAAUUCUUGCACCAUGUUUACUUAAAAGUCAAAGAACUAGUUGUUGACAUUUUCUCAGAUUCUAAGGAAGAAAACAUUUCUCUACGGUUUUUGUUGCGACUUGAGAGUGUUGAUUUCACCUUUCUCAACCAGAAGGUUACAUUCUUAGCGUAGCCAUUAUAACAAUAUCUAAAAGUAGAGGUGACUUUGAAAUGCCAAACUUCAGAAUGAGAUGGAGUAACCCCUUUUGUUUUCGGGCU